GAACCCACCUCACCUUGAAACUUAACUAAUUAAUUACCAUCGCCUGAUAAUCUAUUAUAAUACAAAUUCUACCAACUCGCAGGUUCUCGAUUAUCUCCUUAAGCAGUAGAAAAGUCAUUAACGUCACCGGCUGGGGCACGCUAAGAAUUAACCAACUCUGUCAAAAUUAAGGUACUGCCUCGCUAGUCUUCAAGCUACAUGUGCUGUGCGAUUAUUACUUUUUAUGCUCUGAUAGUCUCUGAAAUGUUAGGGUUUCUAUUCUUCCGAACUUUUUAGUAUAGUCAAAGUUACACUCCAUGGCAAGGAUAAAACCUCAGGCAUUGCUAAAUCAGAGCAAAAAGAAGAAGGGGCCGGCUCGAAUCAGCGCCACUACUAUAUUUCUCUGUAACUUAGUUGUUCUGGUGAUUAUAUUGUCCUUAGUUGCAACAUAUAGACAUUGGUCACAAAGGUCAAAGAACCAACCAGGAAGUGGCCUGUCAACUUUUGAGGAUACUGCCGAUUCAUUUGCAGAUUCAAAGAAGUAUGAUCUCCCUGGUUAUGCUAUUCUGAAUACAUCAAAAGGUUAUAUAACAGUAGAACUGUACAAAGAUGGUUCUCCAAUGAUUGUGGACAAAUUCCUUGACUUGUGUCAAAAGGGGUACUUCAAAGGGAUUCCUUUCCAUCACGUGAUCAAGCAUUAUGUAAUUCAAGCAGGGCAUUCCCAAGGGCUCGGAGCUGCUGAAGAUUGGACCACAAAAGGAAAGCUCCACAGUAGGCUUGCUACAAGCCCAAAGCACGAGGCUUUUAUGAUUGGAACCUCAAAAACUAGAGACAGCACAGGAUUUGAGCUAUUCAUUACAACUGCACCCAUUCCAGAUUUAAAUGACAAGAUUUUGGUGUUUGGACGGGCUGUAAAGGGUGAGGAUGUGGUGCAGGAAAUUGAAGAGGUGGACACAGAUGAACAUUAUCGCCCCAAGUCUCCAGUAGGGAUCAUUGGCGUGACACUGAAACGUGAAAUUUAAGUGCUAUUAAAUGGUUUUCGCAAUUGCUGUGGCUGCCUUCAGAGAUGCUGCGUACUCGGUCAUUUCUGUCAAGGUUUCUGGGUGCGACAUCAUCUCUUCAUGCUUCUGUUUCAACUGCCCCAUGCAGACAUCUUUCUCUAGUUUAGAAUUUUUUUGGGAGGGGUGUUAAAUUGACCCAACUUGUUUUGGGUUUUAAAGGGCUAAUAUUUGGAUAGGAGAAAACACUUUCUGUUGAUUCUAUGUAUAACAAACAUGUCAUGUUUCACAUCUGGUCCUGUUAUUGUUACCGACAGUUUGUACUUAACUGCUGUUGGUUGUAUAUCAACCAUGAAAAUGCCAUUUCAUCGUCUAUGAGAUGGCAUCCUUCUUGUCAUCAUGUUGUCUAUGGUUGGAUACAAUGCAGUCACUUCAGGCUUCAGCCAUGAUGUAUUUUAGACGGAUUUCAAGCU